AUGGAUAGCCGUUUAUAUGAGAUUAAAUUGCCCAACCAUAAAAUAUUUCAGGACUUAGAGGGGAACUUGAGUGAUAAUUCAAGUGGUAAAUUGCGUAAUUUGAUCGAAUUGAAAGACGAAGUUUUCUAUGUUUGGAGUCCUAAAGAAAACUGUUUAUUGUGUUUAAACUUGAAGCGGUUGGAAGAAGUUGGAGAUGAAACCCCGUAUCAGAAACUCAAGUUCAACUGUCCGCCCUUGUUUACGGUGGAGCGUAUCAUGAGCAGCUCCUGCGGCAGCAGGAUCUGUGUGUGGGGUUCCAGAGGUGUGACCAUCGCUGAACUGCCAUCCCGAUGGGGACGGGCAGGGUUCUUUGAUUCCGGCAACAAAAAUGCAUUAUGCAAGAGUUACUCCCUUGAUGAAAGAUUCCAUUACUCCCCGGGAGAGGUUCGGCGAGUCCAUUGGCAUCCCACUUCUCUAUCACAUCUUCUUGUGCUUGGGUCCGAUAACACUAUCAGGCUCUACAACAUAGCUCUUAAAAGCGGUCCAAAACUGGUGAAAAUUCUACCCAUUGGUCCAAAGCCAUCUAGUCAGCUGGCAGGCAGGACUAUCCUCGACAGCCUCGGAGAUACUGCCGUGGACUUCACCCCCACUCCUGACUCAGACACUCUGCUUAUUUUAAGAGGGAACGGCGAUGUUUACAUGAUGCAAUGCGAGUUGGAUAGCAAGCAUCCAAUCAAAGCGAAGCUGACCGGUCCACUAGCGAUGUACCCGCCCGCCGAUGAUAACUACGGUUCUGAGUCUUGCUCGAUCACGGCUCUCGGAGGCGGAGACACACCGCCUCUGGUGGUAGUUGCCACUUGCUCGGCUCAACUCUACCACUGUAUGCUACUCCCUAAUCCAACUGAUAAAGAUGACUGUGACAGCCAUGCACUGUAUGUAAUUGAGGCAGUGGAAUUGAACAUAGUAUUGAACAUGGAAAGCGAAUUGCAGUAUUCAUACCCCGUGCUACUGUUUCCUUGUACGCACAAUACGUAUGCGUGCAUGCAUGCUGGUGGCGUGCACGCUAUCACGCUGCCCAUGCUGGAACAUCUCGUGGAUUUCGUCAUGGCUGAUGAAGCGGACACGGAGUCGGCGCUGUCGUCGAUGUGCGGCGCCCGCAGCGCGGCGCGCCACCUGGUGUGCACGGCGGCGGCGCCCCCCUCGCCCGCCGCGCGCCCCGCGCCCCCCGCGCCCCCCGCCGGCCUCGCGCUCAGCGCGCCGCCCCUGCCGCGCCUGCUCGUGCUGUGCUCGGACGCCACGCUGCUCGCCAGAAUAUUGGAACCCUUUGGUUUAGAAGAGCAAUUGUAUAAAGAACUACAACUGAAGAACCCAGCGUUAGAACAGGACGACAUCAAUAUUAUCAUGAAAGAGAGACAGAAGGUUUUGUUCUCAUCCAUCAUGAAGGAGAUUCUAACGAGGGAUGUGUCUCAGCCAAUACUAAACAUUUCUAAGAAAGAAGAACCCAGCCCCAAGGAGUGCCUAGAAUUUUUAUCUCAAGCGACAUUGAAACUCCGCGGCGAGUACAUGUCGCGUCAGCAACGUGCCACCGACGCGAUCACAAACAAACUGACUGCGUUGCGGUCGCUUUGCUCACAUCACGGCGAGUGGUUGCAAGACUUACAGAAAGAAAUGGAUGAAGUGCAACUCCAGUCAGCAGUUUUGAAAGAGAAGUGUCUACUGGCUGAGAAACACCAAGAUGACCUCAAAUACAGAUGUUCGGCGGUGAUCCGCGGUCUGCGCGCGCCCAGCGCCAGCAGCGCCGUCGAGCGACAGCUGCUGGGAGAGCUGCUGCUCUACAAGCGGAGCGGGGAACAGCUCGGGGAACAGAUCCUCAUGCUCAAGGAGUACGCCAGGAACAAAACUGAACAGUUGGAGAAAUGGCACGAAGAAUACAAAAAGAAGGACAUAGCUCUGGGCAAGUCCCACAGCGACACCAUCUCCUCUAUACUGCAACAACAAACCAGCCAAAUAUCUACGCUCAUAGAAGAGACGAAAUUACUCAAAGACCAACUCAGUAUUGUUUAA